GCGAGCAAGAAACCCGACUUCUUGGCGACGGCAGAGAACGCCACUCCCGACCAAAAUAAUUGCAAGUCAGGAACUCCGAUUGAAGUUGAACGCGAGUCGCGACCGUUCCCAUCGCCACCGCCAUUCCUCCUCCACCAUUGCAGCCGCCGGUUGACGACGGCGCCAUUCCAGGAAGUGCCAAUUCUUUUUGCACUUCGUUCUGUGGUUCAAACUCGCUUGUUUCCAAAGACAAUGAUGGGUGCAGUUGAAGAGAAGAAGCAGAUCGGUCUGAGAGUAAUCUGAUCCCCUGAUAUUGAAGGUCGAAAACAGCCUCGUCGCUCCGUAGGCUCAGUUGGUUGGUGACGAUGGUUAGCGGCGGGAGGAUCUUCGAAUACUUUGUCGUCUGUGGGAUCGGGCCGGAAAUCCGCUCGCUCGAUGGGAACAAGGGGUAUCAGGGAAUGGGCGUCAUGUACAUGCCUUCCUUUCUAGACCAGUUUCCACAUUCGAAAGAGUCGACCUAUCCCCCGCCUCCUCCUCAAUUGCCAACAUGUGUUCUUCCAGCUGGUGUGGAGUUUUAUUCUUCCGGUCCUAAUUCAAAGGAUUUAUCAACAUUCCCAAGGAGCUAUCCAAUUGUUCUGACAGAGGGAGAUGGAUCCAAAAUUUAUGUAUCCUGCAUUGCAUUCCGUGAUCCUGUCAGUGAAGACAUUGCUGAGGCUUACCGCAUCCCUCCAAAUUCCUAUGCUGAUAAAUGCAUCUGUCUUGUUUCUCGAUCGCCCAGUUUUCACGUCCUCCGUGAAGCUUUAGAGGAAUUGUUUAACCUUUGUUUUUCUUCUGCUGGAAGUAGCAAGCCGCUGUGGGAUGUUGUUGCACAUAUGGUACUGAAUGUUCCUUUGCCAACACCUGGAAAGGAUCGAGUCUUAUUUGCAGUUGAGAACUGUCUCCUUUGCAUCGAAGUUCCUCCAAAAGAUGGCCUACCCCAUGCUGAUAUCUCGUUUCAGCCACUGGUUCAAUGCUUGGAUGUUGACAAUUUCAUCCGCUUUUUUACUGCUGUCCUGCUUGAAAAACGGAUCUUAAUCCGAGCUAACACGUAUUCCCUUUUAACCUUGGUUUCAGAGGCCAUUUGUCACUUGAUCUAUCCAUUUAGGUGGCAGCAUGUCUAUAUUCCAUUGCUAUUUUUUAGUGGAGUGGACUACAUUGAUGCCCCAACACCAUAUAUGAUGGGUCUUCAUUCAGGAGUGGACACAUCUGGCCUUGCGAUGGAUGGAGUAGUGGUAAUAGAUCUUGACUAUAAUCGAAUCUCAACAACGGAAGAAAUACCUUCUAUUCCAGAGCCUGAAUUAAGCUUUCUUCGUGGUGAAAUCAUGAAACUCUUAUAUCCAAAUGUGAUUGAAAUAGAUCUGAUGAAAGGGAAUGGAGAGGGUACAUUUGGUCGUUCCCUUAGGGGUGUCAACAAACCUUGGAGCAAGGAUCAUGACCUUCAAUUGAGGUUGAUCUUUUUACGAUUCCUUGCAACCAUUUUAAGCGGCUACCGCAACUUUCUGGAAAAUACAGCUGUAAAUGUCUUCAACUCACAGGCAUUUCUAAAGAAACGAUCUCGCAUGACUAAUCUACCUCCAGAUCCAAUGCUAAUGCAGUUUCUAGAUUCCCAAGGUUUUCUUGAUUUUUUGGAGAGGUGUACUCACUCUGAUGAGAAUAGCAACAAUCUUCUUGACAAGUUGCAAGAUGCAGUUGGGAGAGGCCAGAACCCUUCCUCUGUUCUUCCCAUGAUUUCAGCUGAGCUUGAAACACUAACAAUAGCUGAUCCAGUUGUAGGAGUUGGAGGAUCUGGGGCAAGAUAUUGUUAUGAUAGGUUUCCUGCAAAUGUUCGGACUGAGGAGCAAGAAGAAAGGAGAAAAGCAAUUCUUGCCGCAGCAAGUGGUGCCCUAGAGUACCAGAGUAGACAUACUCCAAGCUCUCCUUCAGUCUCAUCAGCAAUUACAGAAAGCCUCAGUCCACGUGAAAGAGCUGCUGAGAGAGAGCGAAUGGUUUUGGACAUACAAGUAAAACUGCAGGGACUGUGGCUGCGUCUUCUGAAGCUAGGAGCAACCGAUGAUCCUCUUUCAUCAUUUGAAUAUGGAACAAUUCUUGCAUUGAUUGAAUCUGAUGCUGAGGGAAUUGGUGGUAGAGGGUUUGUUGAAUGUAUCAGGGAACACAUCCACUCGGGAUGGGUCUGCCGCUUGACUGAUGAACAAUUUGUUGCUGUAAAAGAGCUGUUAAAAACUGCUAUUGGUCGUGCCACCUCGCGGACUGAUAUGGCAACUGUAAGAGAUGCACUUGAAGUUUCUGCUGAAAUGUAUAGAAAGGACUCUAGUAAUAUGCCGGACUAUGUUCAGCGCCAUCUUUCUUCCAUAUCGACAUGGGAUGAAUUGCGAUUUUGGGAAGGAUAUUUUGAUAGUCUAAUGGAACGCUCGUCAGACAAAUCAGGCAAUUAUGCAACUCUUGUGACAGCUCAGCUUGCGAUAAUAGCAUCUCAUAUGGCUGGUUUGGGUCUUUCCGACACAGAUUCAUGGUUCAUGCUUGAGACACUUGCUGAAAAAAAUAAUAUUGGUUAUAAACAAUUUAUUAAACUCAGGGGAUUGUUAUCUCACAUACAACAAUUGCGAUAUGGGUAUUGGGGACCUUCUCCUGGAAAAGUUCAGGCAGUCUCAUCUUAUGGUGUGCCAUCUCCAGGGUCUCAAGAUGUGACUGAUGAAAGCCAACAACCUGCUGAGGCUUCUGGAGUUGGGCGAAGCUGGGUCCACAGCAUGUUUAGUAGGGAAGCUUCCACAAGGUCCAGUUCUUUUAGUCGUGGGCGUAAGUGGACAUCUGACAAUGGUUCUUUAGGUGCAGCUGAGAACUCCAAAUCAUCUGUCUCUUCUGGGAAGACAGAGCCUGCUACUGCACAGAAGAAAAUUCAAUCAAGUGUUCGAAUACUAAGGGGCCAUAAGGGUGCUGUUACUGCUCUACAUUGUGUAACAAGGCGUGAUGUCUGGGAUCUGGUGGGUGAUCGUGAAGAUGCAGGCUUUUUUAUUAGUGGAAGCACUGACUGCCUGGUGAAAAUUUGGGAUCCAAGUCUUCGUGGUUCAGAGCUCAAGGCAACGCUGCAAGGUCAUACCAAGACUGUUCGCGCAUUAAGCUCAGAUAGAGCUAAAGUGGUUUCAGGAUCUGAUGAUCAAUCUGUCAUAGUUUGGGACAAGCAGACCUAUCAACUUCUAGAAGAAUUGAAGGGCCAUGAAGCACAGGUCAGUUGUGUGAAAAUGCUUUCAGGGGAGCGUGUGCUUACAGCUUCACACGAUGGUAGUGUAAAAAUGUGGGAUGUCAGAACAGAUACUUGUGUUGCUACUGUUGGUCGUUGCUCAAGUGCAGUACUUUGUAUGGAGUAUGAUGAUUCAACUGGAAUGCUGGCUGCUGGUGGGCGAGACCCGGUGGCAAAUGUCUGGGAUAUCCGAGCUGGAAGACAGAUGCACAAACUAGUGGGCCAUACAAAAUGGAUCCGGUCGCUGAGAAUGGUUGGAGACACUGUGAUUACGGGUAGUGAUGACUGGACUGCUAGAAUGUGGUCUGUUUCUCGUGGCACAUGUGAUGCCGUAUUGGCCUGCCAUGCAGGCCCUAUUCUUUGUGUUGAAUACACACCAUCAGACAAAGGCAUUAUUACUGGUUCCACAGAUGGAUUACUGCGUUUUUGGGAAAAUGAAGAGGGAGGAAUAAGGUGUGUGAAGAAUGUGACAAUUCACUCUGCUUCUAUCCUUUCUAUCAAUGCUGGAGAACAUUGGCUUGGCAUUGCCGCUGCAGACAACUCCAUGUCUCUAUUCCAUCGGCCUCAAGAAAGAUUUGGCAGUUUCUCUAGCCCUGGAUCCAAGAUGGCUGGAUGGCAAUUGUAUAGAACUCCACAAAGAACUGUUGCUAUGGUCCGGUGUGCCGCAUCUGACCUUGACCGGAAGAGGAUUUGCAGUGGAGGCCGCAAUGGACUACUUCGGCUUUGGGAAGCUACUAUCAACAUAUAAGUGUAUUAUUGUGUUGCUGGUUCUUGUGUGUAUGUCUAUGCCUGCCGGGAGAGAGAGCGAGGGAGAGAGGCUCAAACAGAACUGUAUAUUGAUUUAUUGAUUUUUUCUUUUAAUAUAUGAAAAAAACACCUCAUUUUUUGGUUCACUGGCA